GAAGUGGGCAGAUUGUUGCCCAAGGGAGUCAAGUUACAAAGAAAGGUACAUUUCUGUGUCUGUAUCACUAAGUUGACAGGGCUGAACUGGGGCCGUGCAGAAGUGAGGAGGAGUUUAUGAAAAACGUCUCCAUGACUCAGUGUACUCCGCCCAGUAAUGGGCGUUGCCUUUCUCAACUCUUCUGUAAGGUGUGGCGAUUCUGGUAAACUGAAAAUUCCUCUGAUAUCAAUCCUGUUCUUUUACUAAACCUAAGUUUCAGACUUUUGUCCACAGCCACAACAAUGUCUGGUUGGGAUGACUUGGAGCUGCUCUUAGACUCCCCCUCCUCACUGACCGUGACAUCCAGUGCAAGAGGAACUGUGAAGGACAAGGCAAACUUCAAAGUGGAAGAAGAUGUGUCUGCACUAAGGAAGGCCAUAGAAGGCAUUGGUACGACAGAAAAGACACUAAUUGAGGUGUUGACCCAAAGAAGUAAUGCUCAGCGCCAGCUUAUCGCUAAAGCCUAUGAGAAAGCCACAGGAAGGACAUUAGUAGCUGACCUGGAGGGCGACACCCACGGAGACUUUGAGGACUUGUUAGUAGCCUUGGUAACACCCCCUGCUGUCUACGACUGCCAUGAAGUCAUCAGAGCCAUCAAGGGAGCAGGGACCACCGAGAGUACGUUGACAGAAAUCUUUGCCUCGAGAUCCAACAGACAGAUGCAAGCCUUGUCUGAAGCAUACCUCGCAGAAACUGGAAGAUCGAUGAUUCAUGAUCUGCAGUCGGAGGUAUCUGGAGAUUACGGCAAAGCUCUGCUCAUCUUGGCUGAGGGGAAGAGAGACGAGAGCACCAAUGUGGACGUUGCCAAAGCUAAAGCCGAUGCUAAGGCCCUGUAUGAAGCUGGGGAGAAGAAGUGGGGGACAGAUGAGGGAAAGUUUAUCGACAUCUUGUGCCACAGGAGUAUUCCCCAGCUUCGACAGACUCUGGUAGAGUACAAGAAUAUUAGUAAGAAGACUCUGCAGGAGAGCAUUGAGAGUGAGAUGUCUGGUAACCUGGAGAAGCUGCUUGUGGCCGUUGUUAAGUGUGUGAAGACCACUCCAGCAUACCUGGCUGAGAGGCUUUUCAAAAGCAUGAAGGGCGCGGGGACCACAGAGUCCACUCUGACCAGGAUACUAGUCAGUCGCUCAGAGGUGGACCUGCUGGACAUCAGAGCAGAGUAUAAGAAGCUGUUUGGAUGUUCCCUCUACUCCCAGUUAGAGUCUGAAGUGUCUGGUUAUUAUGGCGACGCCCUAAAACAUCUAAGUGGCCAAGACGACUAACUCCUCCCAACUCCUGUGAUGAAGAACAUGGUGAGAACUGCGGAUGGGAAGAAUCGGAGUCAAUGGAAGGAAAACCAGUCCUGACCUUUCCAACACCAUCAUACUGAUACAUUUGCUUGAACAUAGCUGAAACUAACCUUGAACAUGGCUGUAACUAACCAUCUGGAAAUGCUUGAAUGUGGAAUUCAUGUUCAACCAGACAAGGCUGCGCUGACUGAAUGAUUAAAAUACACGCGCGUGUGCACCCACACUUACUUAGAAGUAUGUACAUGAAGAUGCUAUUGAAUGUAUUUUAAAUUUAUAAAAUUGUAUUCCAUUUG